AACUGAUGUGACAGGAACAUUGACGUUAGCGCAUGCGUUAGCUAUUUUAGCUAGCCAUUCGUCUCCCAGGUUUAAACUGUCAUUUCAGCAACACGGAGGAUGUAACGUUUAUGGUCUUACAUCCACAAAACACAAAAUAAAACCUUUUGUUUGGCGGCGAACACAGACUGGGUGUGAGAGGACACAACGAAGCAAACACUGGUGUACAGUCUGUGGGGGAACCAUUUUAUGAUUCUCAAUGCAUCCGACACAGCUAGGGAUACACUCGUCUCGCUAGCUAAACGAUAUCGUCUGUGUCGUGGAUGGGUCCGCUGUACGAGUCACUCCUGGAAGAAACGGUGACCGGUGCCUAGCGAUCAUCAUGGAUACUGCGGAAGAAGCGGAUAUUUGCCGCGUGUGCCGCUCUGAGGGGACCCCAGACAAACUCUUGUACCACCCGUGUGUCUGCACUGGGAGUAUCAAGUUUAUCCACCAGGAAUGUUUGGUCCAGUGGCUGAAGCACAGCAGGAAGGAGUACUGUGAAUUAUGCAAGCACAGAUUUGCGUUCACACCAAUCUACUCCCCGGACAUGCCCUCACGUCUGCCCAUCCAGGACAUCUGUGCCGGCCUGCUGACCAGUGUGGGCACGGCCAUCCGCUACUGGUUCCAUUACACACUGGUGGCCUUCGCAUGGCUCGGGGUGGUUCCUCUCACUGCAUGUCGCAUCUACAAAUGUCUGUUUACCGGCUCUGUGAGCUCACUUUUGACACUGCCGCUGGACAUGCUCUCCACAGAGAACCUGCUUGCAGAUUGUCUACAGGGCUGCUUCGUGGUCACCUGCACACUGUGCGCCUUUAUCAGCCUGGUGUGGCUCCGAGAACAAAUAGUCCACGGUGGAGCUCCUCACUGGUUGGAGCAGCACCAGGCGGCACCGCCCAAUGCAGCCGGACAAGCCAAUGAGGCACAAGCUGCAGGCCAGCGAGCAGCCGACGAGCCCCCUGCAGCCCAGCCAGCCCCGGCUGAUCCACCAGCUCAGAACGACGCAGAGCCCGAGCCCCCCGAUGUCCCCCCGGACCAGGGGGAUGACCCCGAGCUGGAGGAAGAGGAGGGAGCCGCCGCCGAAGACGCCGACCCCAACAAUGGAGCACAAGAUGACAUGAAUUGGAAUGCUUUGGAGUGGGACAGAGCGGCGGAGGAGCUCACCUGGGAAAGGAUGCUUGGCCUGGAUGGUUCACUGGUGUUUUUGGAGCAUGUUUUUUGGGUAGUGUCUCUCAACACACUCUUCAUCCUGGUCUUUGCAUUCUGUCCCUACCACAUCGGCCACUUCUCCGUUGUGGGUCUUGGCUUUGAGGAAUAUGUCCAAGCCUCUCACUUUGAGGGCUUAAUCACCACCAUCGUGGGCUACAUACUGCUGGCGAUGUCGCUCAUCCUCUGUCACGGACUGGCUGCUCUGGUCCGGUUCCAGCGCUCCCGACGUCUCCUGGGAGUCUGCUACAUCGUUGUCAAGGUCUCUCUGCUGGUUGUAGUUGAGAUCGGUGUUUUUCCACUCAUCUGUGGCUGGUGGCUUGAUAUCUGCUCUUUAGAGAUGUUCGAUGCCUCCCUGAAAGACCGAGAGUUGAGUUUUAAGUCGGCGCCUGGUACCACCAUGUUCCUGCACUGGCUUGUGGGAAUGGUCUACGUCUUCUACUUUGCUUCUUUCAUCCUCCUCCUGAGAGAGGUGCUGCGGCCGGGAGUGCUGUGGUUUCUGAGAAACCUCAAUGACCCCGAUUUUAACCCGGUGCAGGAGAUGAUUCACCUGCCCAUCUACAGACACCUGCGGCGGUUCAUCCUGUCCGUGGUGGUGUUUGGCUCCAUCGUGUUGCUCAUGCUGUGGCUGCCCGUCAGGCUGAUCAAACUACUGAUGCCCACCUUCCUCCCCUACAACGUCAUGCUCUACAGUGACGCCCCGGUCAGCGAGUUGUCUUUGGAGCUAUUAUUACUUCAGGUUGUGCUGCCAGCUCUAUUGGAGCAGGGACACACUCGCCAGUGGCUCAAAGGCCUGGUCAGGGCCUGGACAGUCAGUGCUGGAUAUUUACUAGACCUCCACUCCUACCUCCUCGGGGAGCAGGAGGACGACGCCAACCAGCCUGUCAACAACAACAACAACAACAACCCUCCUCCUGGUCACCACAACAACAACAACAACCCUGCCCCUGCUGUUGGCGAGGGGCUGCAUGCAGCCCAUCAGGCCAUUCUGCAGCAAGGGGGACCAGUUGGAUUCCAGCCUUACCACAGACCCCUUCGCUUCCCAUUCAGGAUUGUGCUGCUAAUAGCGUUCAUGUGCUUCACUCUGCUGGUGGCCAGUCUGCUGUGCCUAACCCUACCAGUGUUCACCGGGCGCUGGCUGAUGUCCUUCUGGACAGGAAGCUCCAAAAUCCACGAGCUGUACACAGCGGCGUGCGGCCUCUAUGUCUGCUGGCUGUCUAUCCGCGGAGUCACCGUGCUGCUGGCCUGGAUGCCCCAGGGACGCACCGUCAUUGCACGCAAAGUCCAGGAGUGGACCCUCAUGAUUCUGAAGACCCUGGUUGUAGCUCUGCUGGUCGCUGGAGUCAUCCCGCUGCUGCUGGGCCUGCUGUUUGAACUGGUCAUUGUGGCCCCGCUCAGGGUCCCCCUGGACCAAACACCCCUCUUCUACCCUUGGCAGGACUGGGCUCUUGGAGUGCUCCAUGCCAAAAUCAUUGCUGCCAUCACUCUCAUGGGCCCUCAGUGGUGGCUGAAGACCGUUAUUGAGCAGGUUUACGCAAACGGCAUUCGCAACAUCGAUCUCCAGUUCAUCAUCCGUAAGCUGGCGGCUCCGGUCAUCUCGGUCCUGCUGCUGUCCCUGUGCGUGCCAUACGUGAUCGCUGCCGGGGUGGUGCCCGCUGUUGGAGUUAUCCCGGAGAUGGAGAUUCUAAUGCAGAGGAGAAUCUACCCGUUCCUCUUGAUGGUGGUCUCGCUGAUCGGCAUCCUGUCUUUCCAGAUCCGACAGUUCAAACGCCUUUAUGAGCACAUCAAGAACGACAAGUACCUGGUUGGGCAGAGGCUUGUCAACUACGAACGGAAGGCUGCAAGAGCAAGCUCGAUCCCACCUCCCAACCCCGUCGCAGAGUAGAGUUUUGUGUCACGCGUUGCCACAUUUUUGCACCAGUUACCCUGCGUACAUCCCGUCUGCUCAUAAGCCCACCCUUUUUUGAUUUUCAACUCAGUCCUUGGACCGUUAUUCUUUUGAAUCUCCCGUGGAUUUUGAUGAAUGUCGUUCAAUUUCUUGUGUUCCUUGUCAUGCCCAUCAACGGUGGGAUGGGGAAAAUGUAUUAUAAUCAUGGGACAGCUGAGUAAUUCCUCACACAAACGGUGUGGGCAGGAGGGUGAGGGGGUCAGAGGUUUGAUAUGAAGCUCAACAUCUGUAUUGUCAUUCAUGCCUUGCUUUGUAAAGUGCUGCCUGAUAAUUGUACAUGUGUAAAUACUUUGAACGCAGACUUUGUCUUUAAAAAAAAAAAGAAAAAAGAAAGACGGAUAUGGAUUAAUGCAAUGACCAUUGUACAUCUUAAAAGUGUAUGUAUAAUUUAUUAAAUCAGACUGACAAUUUAUCUUUUUUGUUGCAAGUGUUGUAAAAUGCUGUAUGUUUUUUUUUUUUUUUAAUUCUUCAAACUUUUAUUUUAAAAAUGUUGCAUUCAUCUCAAUGAGAAGAUACAUUUCUCACAUACGUUCGCCCUAUGGAGGUGUAAAGCGUUAUCAAUACAUGACUGGCGGUGGUGUGAUUGUCUCAUCCUUUGGUAUGAGUGGAGAAUUUAGAACAACUCCAAACAUCUCUGCUAGAACACCAGGUAUCUCCUCAUCUUCAAGGUCCCUGGUUGUGGUUUCCAGCACUCCCCCGGCUUCUUCCGAUAGAAAUGUGGUGCUGCUCAGCUUGCGGCCGAUGUAGGUGAGCCUCCCGCCCGGUUUUAAAACGGUGCAGAGGGACUUGCAGAAGAAGAUGGAGCAAGGGGAGCUCUGGUGGUACCGGCACAUCUCGUCAAAGUCCUCCAGACGCCGAGGUUCAAGGCUGAACUUGUAGAUAUCUGUCCAGUCUCCAUCUGACCCUUUGUUCUCCUCCCGUUGCCACUCCAGAAAGCACAUCCCCGUGUCCCUCCUGAUGCGGUACACGCGGUGGCCCUGCUCCUGGGGGCCGCUGGUCUCCAGCGAAAGGGGGACACUAAAGCCCGCGGUGCCGAACCCGACGUCGCACAGCCAGCGGUGCCCGUCGAGGCUCACCAUCAGGACCAAAUGGUCGAAAGGUGGGCCGUAGCGGCCAGUGGUGCCUUUCACCUGACCCGAGAGCAGCGUCACCUGGAAGCCCAGUUCGGCCAGCAGCCAGCAGAAGAGCCCGUUAUUCUCACAGCAGAAACCUCCGCGGCGCUGCUUCACGAUCUUAUCGUACAGAAGAGGGGGGUCUAGUUGAAUCCGUCCGCCGCUGUGCACUGUGAGGUUUUCAAACGGAACCGACAUCAGGUGACUGGUGUGGACCGACCACAGCACCUCCAGGC